CCACCCUCCACCGCCUCCCCCCGCCCCUCCCCACCGUUCCCCUGCCCUUCCUGCCCCAAAUCCUACACCACCCUCUCCAAACUGGCCAUCCACCAACGUUCCCAUACCGGCGAACGUCCUUUUUCCUGCCCCGAUUGUCCCAAAUCUUUCGCCGAUCCGUCCGUCUAUCGCAAACAUUGCCGUGCCCACGCCGGCCAUCGCCCUCACCGUUGCGCCGCCUGUCCCAAAGCUUACGUGGAAAGGAAAGACCUCCACAACCACCAACGUUCCCAUACCGGGGAGAGGCCGUACCUCUGUUCCGAAUGCGGCAAAAGCUUCGGCCGCUCGUCCUCCUUGGCUUGCCACCAGCGCAUCCACGCUCACCGCAAACCCUACGGCUGCGGCGUCUGCGGCAAAGCCUUCACCCAACUCUCCUCUUACCAAAGCCACCAACGCGUCCACACCGGCGAAAGACCUUUUUUAUGCCCCCAAUGCGGGAGGAUGUUUUCGGAUCCUUCCAGCUACCGGCGGCACCAGCGAGCCCAUCAAGGGGUCAAGCCGUACGGAUGCAGCGAAUGCGGCAAAGCUUUCAGGCAGCCGGCCGAUUUGGCUCUGCAUCGCCGGAGUCACACCGGGGAAAGGCCUUGGAGGUGCGGGGAGUGCGGCAAAGCUUACAAAGCCUCGUGGGAUCUGAAAAGGCACCGCUUGAGUCACAGCGGGGAGAGGCCUUGGAGAUGCGGGGAAUGCGGGAAGGGAUUCGGGGAGAGGGCGGCGUUGGGGAAGCAUUGGAGGACGCAUUCGGGAGAACGGCCCUACAGCUGCGGGAGGUGUGGGAAGGGAUUCGGGGGAGCAUCCGGGCUCAGGAAGCACGAGAGGACGCACGGGAAGGGGGAGGAAGGGGGCAAGAUGGCGGACGACGUGGGGGGUGGUGCUGGGGGGGGUCCUCUUGGGCGCGGAACGGGCGACGGGGGGCAAGUCGGCGGCGGUGGGGUCAGCGGUGGUCAACCUGGGGCCAAUAUGGCCGCCAGCGUGGGUCAUGACGUUGGAGGUGCCAAUAUGGCCGCCAGCGGCCAACCUGGACCUAAUAUGGCCGCCAACGUGGGUCAUGACGUUGGAGGCGCCAAUAUGGCUGCCAGUGGCCAACCUGGACCUAAUAUGGCCGUCAACAUGGGUCAUGACAUUGGAGGCGCCAAUAUGGCUGUCAGUGGCCAACCUGGACCUAAUAUGGCCGCCAAUGUUGGUCAUGACAUUGGAGGCGCCAAUAUGGCCGCCAACGUGGGUCAUGACAUUGGAGGCACCAAUAUGGCCGCCAGUGGCCAACCUAGACCUAAUAUGGCCGCCAACGUUGGUCAUGACAUUGGAGGCGCCAAUAUGGCUGUCAGUGGCCAACCUGGACCUAAUAAGUCUGCCAGUGGUCAACCUGGAUCUAAUAUGGCCGCCAACGUUGGUCAUGACAUUGGAGGCGCCAAUAUGGCCACCAACAUUGGUCAUGACAUUGGAGGCGCCAAUAUGGCCGCCAGUGGCCAACCUAGACCUAAUAUGGCCGCCAGUGGCCAAUCUGGACCUAAUAUGGCCGCCAUUGGACAGCUUGGACGCAGUAUGGCCGCCAGUGGCCAACCUGGACUUAAUAUGGCCACCAAUGUUGGUCAUGACAUUGGAGGCGCCAAUGUGGCUGCCAGUGGUCAACCUGGACCUAAUAUGGCCGCCAUUGGACAGCUCGGACACAAUAUGGCUGCCAGUGGCCAACCCGGACCUAAUAUGGCCACCAAUGGCCAAUCUGGACCUAAUAUGGCCACCAAAGCUGGUCACGACAUCGGAGGCCCCAGUAUGGCUGCCGGUGGCCAGUCUGGAACUAACAUGGCCACCAUUGGGCAGCUUGAACACAAUAUGGCUGCCAGUGGCCAACCCAGCCCCAGUAUGGCUGCCAUCAGCCCCAAUAAGGACACCAUUGGCCCCAAUAGGGACGGUCCCAAUAUGGCCGCCAUCAGCCUCAAUAUGGCGGCCAAUAGCCCCAAUAGGGGCAUCAUGAACCCCAAUAUGGCCGCCAUCAGCACUAAUAGGGACGGCCCCAAUAUGGCGGCCACCAACCCCAAUAUGGCGGCCAUCAACACCUCCAAUAUGGUGGCCACCAGCUCCAAUAUGGUGGCCACCAGCUCCAAUAUGGCGACCAUCAACCCCAAUAUGGCCGCCAUCAGCACCAAUAGGGAUGGUCCCAAUAUGGCGGCCACCAGCCCCAAUAUGGCGACCAUCAACCCCAAUAUGGCCACCAUCAGCACUAAUAAGGACGGCCCCAAUAUGGCGACCAUCAACCCCAAUAUGGCCGCCAUCAGCACUAAUAGGGAUGGUCCCAAUAUGGCGGCCACCAGCUCCAAUAUGGCGGCCAUCAACCCCAAUAUGGUGGCCAUCAACACCUCCAAUAUGGUGGCCAACAGCUCCAAUAUGGCAGACACCAGCUCCAAUAUGGCGGCCACCAGCUCCAAUAUGGCGGCCAUCAACCCCAAUAUGGCCGCCAUCAGCACUAAUAAGGACGGCCCCAAUAUGGCGACCAUCAACCCCAAUAUGGCCGCCAUCAGCACUAAUAGGGAUGGUCCCAAUAUGGCGGCCAUCAACCCCAAUAUGGCCGCCAUCAGCGCUAAUAAGGACGGCCCCAAUAUGGCGACCACCAGCCCCAAUAUGGCGGCCAUCAACCCCAAUAUGGCGGCCAUCAACACCCCCAAUAUGGCGGCCACCAGCUCCAAUAUGGCCGCCAUCAGCACUACUAGGGACGGCCCCAAUAUGGCGGCCACCAGCCCCAAUAUGGCGGCCACCAGCGGCCCCUUCCGCUGCCCGCUCUGCCCCAAAAGCUUCGGGAUGAAGGCGGGGCUUCGCCGCCACCAGCGCCGCCAUGGCCACGCCCCCUCCGCCCAGACCACGCCCACCGGGGAGGGGGCGGGGCUUCGUUUAGGCCACGCCCCUUCCGGUCCCCCAUAG